CUGGGGAGGCAGCUCCCGCUCACAGCCUCUGGGGCCCGGACCCAGAAGGCAGAGCAGCGCUCAGGGGAGGGCUGGCUCUUCACUUCCGGGUCUGAACACCGCCCCACCCACCUCUCCCCUCCUGACCCAGCGCUGGCCACAGGCUGGGUCCAAAGAAAAACUUUUUAGCUUGCCGGUCUGUCUGGAAAGUGCCAUGGCUUGGACUGCUCAGGACUGGGCACUGCCAGCAGAGCUGCUGGGCAAGGAGGGAGACGGUCUCAGGCCCCCUGCGCCUGAAGGAGCCUCUGGUGUCCCUCCAGGCUCACGGCCUCCUGGUGAGCAGUGAUUGAGAUCCUGGCUCGGAAGACAGGGUGGAAGAGGAGGGACCUGAAUCUGUGACACUUAUUAGUUCCAGAAAAUCUGAUGUGUCGGAGACCAGAUAAGCUCUUGAGAAGAGCGCCCUCUGUAGACAUCGUUUGGCAGCGGCUGGCGGCCCUGCCUGGUGCACAGACUGAGUAGUGGACCUAGGUGCCCCUAGCAGGGCCAGGGUGACAGUGGUCGUCUUCCUAAGAGCGUGGUUCCGGGGGGACAGCAGGGGGAGCCAGGGCCCUGGCCCUGGGCAGUAAGCAGAGACCAGCACAUUCUCCCACAGAGCCCCAUGGAGUGGCCCUGGAGCUUCUGUGCCAGAUGGUCUUCUCUGGGAAUUUCUCAUUACACCCUGCCUUCUAUGGGAUAUUCCUCAAGCACGUGAUCCCCUCCCCCAGCAGCCCCUGCACGCCCCCCGCCCCCCAACCCCACGGUGAAGGUACCAGAGCUGCCUCCCUUCCUUGUCUGGGUGUCUGUGCAGGUGCCUCCACACUGAGGCUCUCGCCUGACCUCGGCUCCACUUUGCCUUCUGCAGUCUGCAUGCAGGCUUCUUGUGCGCCUGGCCUUCUGGAAGGGACCGACUUUCCCUUUGCACUAGAGGUGCUGGUGGACGAGUGAGCACCCUUUGGGCUCUCUCCUGGUGGGGUCCAGGUGGACACAGGUCUGGGGGCUGUCCCUGGGCUAGUGGAAGGAAGCUGGCCUACUUGCUCAAAGCAGUGGGAAGGAGGGGGUCCCGUAGGGGGAUUCCCAGUGGGUGGGGUGGCGACUGCAAGUCCCUGGAGCCUACUGCCCCUCUUCAGGACUGCAUCCCCCCUGCCCCAGUUCUGUCUGCCCUGAUUUCUGUUCCUGAGCUUGUCUGGGCCACCUACCGCAAGACCAGGCCCCAGUGGGCCAGCUACUCCCCCCUCCUCUGACUUCCUUUUACUCACUCGCCCAGGAAACUCUCCUAAAGCUGGAUGGGGCUCAGGGCCCCCUCCACAGCCCUGAGACUGAGCAGGGCAGGUAGGGUGGGGGCGGGAGGGAGCAGCUCCAGGUGGGUGGGGGCAGACCUGUUACCCCAAGGUGGUGCACAGAAGGGGCUUCCUCUGAGCCAUGAAGCAGAGUAGAAAAACUGGUGUAUGGACUGGAUUAAUCAGAGGGAGGAGGCUGGGGACCUGGGAUGUGAGUGAAUACUGCAGCCACACACCAGAGGGCCUGCUCUUCCUCCUGCUGCUGGACUGGGGCGUGGCUGUGACCCUAGUUAAGCACUCAGCACUGAUGGUGGCCUUGAGGGAUGUGCUGGAGCCUUCCUGCAGGGGGAGGGGAGGGCAGUUAUUCUUGGAGGAGGCCUCAGGGGGGUAGAGUUUCAGGUUGUUUAUGCUUUCAGGAGGCACCUGGGGCAGGGGUGGGGCGCUCAGCUCGGCUCUGUGCUGAUAGCUCAGCCUAAAGACACCUUUGCUUUCCCUGUCUUGGGGUUGGGGGCCUUGGGCCCUGCAGCCCCUGGGAGGUGGGGUCUGGGACUUUCUCCAGGGUGUUCCGGAUGGGGUUCCUCAGCCAGCCCUGGCCGGGCAGCUGGCCAGCCUGAGCGCAGGAGGGGCAGCUCACCCCGAUGCUGGCCUGAGUCUGCCUGGCUGUUCUCCUCGGCAGGGUCAGUGCUAUUAAUAUCAGGCCAGUGCACAGCCCCAAGCUGGUGAUCCUCUUAUGCCUGUGGCCUCGGCCCCUGAGGCUGGUGGUGAGUGCUGUUGCUUCUCCUGGGGCCUCUCACCUGUUGGCCCCCCAACUCCCAGUGGGCAGCCUCUGCCAGCCAGGGCUCGGACCUCACUGCAGCUCCUCACUGGUUGUGUUGCCCACCCAUGGAGAGGCAGUUCAAGGGGCUCCUGAGCUGUCCUGGGGGACUGCUGGGAGCCUAAGAGGCAGUGCAGCGACAUCCCUGCACACACCUGGGGUCAUCCUGCCAUCCCGGUCUCCCUCGUGUCCUGGCCAUGAGCAGCCCCCCAGCUUACCCUGGCAUCCGGGUGUCAGGGUGCUGGACCCUCGGAGCAGAAGGCAGCAGCAACGCGGAGUCCCUGGACAGGCUGCUCCCACCUGUGGGCACGGGGCGCUCGCCAAGGAAGCGCACCACCAGCCAGUGCAAGUCUGAGCCGCCCCUCCUGCGCACAAGCAAGCGCACCAUCUACACGGCAGGGCGGCCGCCAUGGUACAAUGAGCAUGGUACCCAGUCCAAGGAGGCCUUUGCCAUUGGUCUGGGAGGCGGCAGUGCCUCCGGGAAGACCACCGUGGCCAGAAUGAUCAUUGAGGCCCUGGAUGUGCCCUGGGUGGUCUUGCUGUCCAUGGACUCCUUCUAUAAGGUGCUCACCAGGCAGCAGCAGGAGCAGGCUGCCCACAACAACUUCAACUUUGACCACCCAGAUGCCUUUGACUUCGACCUCAUCAUCUCCACACUCAAGAAGCUGAAGCAGGGCAAGAGUGUCAAGGUGCCCAUCUAUGACUUCACCACCCACAGCCGGAAGAAGGACUGGAAAACUUUGUAUGGUGCAAAUGUCAUCAUCUUCGAGGGAAUCAUGGCCUUUGCCGACAAGACACUGCUGGAGCUCCUGGACAUGAAGAUCUUUGUGGACACAGACUCUGACAUACGCCUUGUGCGGCGAUUGCGCCGUGACAUCAGCGAGCGGGGCCGGGACAUCGAGGGCGUCAUCAAGCAGUACAAUAAGUUUGUGAAGCCCGCCUUCGACCAGUAUAUCCAACCCACCAUGCGUGUGGCGGACAUCGUGGUGCCCCGGGGGAGCGGGAACACAGUGGCCAUCGACCUGAUUGUGCAGCACGUGCAUAGCCAGCUGGAGGAGAGGAAGCUGCGCUGGGAUCUGGCGGCUCUGGCCUCGGCGCACCAGUGCCACCCCCUGCCCAGAACGCUUAGUGUCCUCAAGAGCACGCCGCAGGUGCGGGGCAUGCACACCAUCAUCAGAGACCGGGAAACCAGCCGGGACGAGUUCAUCUUCUACUCUAAGAGGCUGAUGCGGCUGCUCAUCGAGCACGCACUCUCCUUCUUGCCUUUCCAGGACUGCGUGGUGCAGACCCCACAGGGUCAGGACUACGCGGGCAAGUGCUAUGCGGGGAAGCAGAUCACAGGCGUGUCCAUCCUGCGGGCCGGCGAGACCAUGGAGCCUGCACUGCGGGCCGUAUGCAAGGACGUGCGCAUUGGCACCAUCCUCAUCCAGACCAACCAGCUCACUGGGGAGCCCGAGCUCCACUACCUGCGGCUCCCCAAGGACAUCAGUGACGACCACGUGAUCCUGAUGGACUGCACGGUGUCCACGGGCGCGGCAGCCAUGAUGGCUGUGCGGGUGCUGCUGGACCACGAUGUGCCCGAGGACAAGAUCUUCCUGCUAUCGCUGCUUAUGGCGGAGAUGGGUGUCCACUCGGUGGCCUACGCCUUCCCGCGCGUCAGAAUCAUCACCACAGCAGUAGACAAGCGUGUCAACGACCUCUUCCGUAUCAUCCCUGGCAUCGGGAACUUUGGUGACCGCUACUUUGGGACCGACGCCGUACCUGAUGGGAGCGACGAUGAAGAAGGGGGCUCCACUGGAUAGCCACCACCCGCCCCAACUCCCCACGCCUCCCUGUCUCCCCUGAGGCUCAGAAUAGAGAUGUUUACUUAUUUUAAUUAAAAAAAGUGUUACCCAUGUAA